GUCAAAAUAAACGAAUGUCAACAAAGUGUUACACCAUCGGAGUUGGUCAAGUUGGAGAAGUCUCACGAUUUUCCGUCUAAAAAUUAAAAUUUCCUCGAUUCCCCGACCACACACACGAUGAGCUGGACCGGCACGCUGCUGUCCUCCGCGCUGCGCAACCUGUGGCAACCGCGGCUCGUUCCGGUGCGUUUCCGUUACCACGCAGAUAAGGCCGCCCGGGGUCCGCUCGUGCGCCGGUACGGCUACAAGGAGAAGAUCCUGCAGGGCGGCCUACUACCCCACCUGGACAACGGCCAGAAGCUACCGAUGCCGGAUUACAGACCCAAAAACGCCUGGUGCGAAAAGCGCGCCCUGUUCGGCCAGAACGACUACAUCGACAUCCUGGGCAACGACCGGCUGCACCCGACCCGGGUGCUGUACUCGGUGCCGGCGUGGCUGCGGGGAGUGUCAGGGAACGAGUACCAGGUGCUGCUGCGCAAGCGGCGGAUGCUGAGCCGAACGAUCUACCCGGUGGCGCGGCCAACCAAGUGGCGGGACAUGGAGAAGCGCAUUAGCUAUCUGUACCGGUUCCUGAACAGGAAGACGAAGACGGGACCGUCGAAUGUUUAGGAGGCGUAAUAAAUGUGUUGGUUGUAGAAUGUGUAA